AUACCCACCGGCCAUCGGUCUCCACUCCACCCGUGACCCGUCCGUCCGAGCCCAACAUAAUAAUGGACUAGACCCACCUUUCCUCUCCCUCACCCGAGUCUCCACCUCUCCUCCUCGUCACCGCCGACGCCGGAAUCCCCACCCCACCCCUUCUCGCUCGCUCGCGUGUCGCCGCCGCCGUCGCCAUUCACCUUCUUCCUCAUCGCGCCCCUGCUGUGUCCACCCCUCCCGCAUCCACCCCGUCAUUGGGUUUUCAUCGGCCAAACAAACAGUGGAUCUGGAAUUCCAGGCCAGUUCGGCAGCAAUGGAUAAAACACACAAGGAGGAGGCAGUGAAAACCACAUGCCAUGAAGACACUACCAGUACUGAUGGAUCAAGCACGGAUGAAUACGAUCCAUGGAAUCCUCCGUAUCCUCCUCCAUGCCCUCCUGCUGUUGAAAAUAGCUUAAGUGACUCUAUCCGUUUAGCAGCUAAGUGGUUACGUGAGAAAGAAGCUGCAGUUGGUGCCGUCAGAGCAUCCAGUAUAAUCUUCCCAGAACGCAUCCCUAAGGAGGUGAAUCAUCUCUUCCAUGAUAAAGUGCACCAUUUGGCACCUAUCCUGGAUAAGGAUAGCGUCCGGCGCUUUCUCAGCUAUAUGGAGAGGAAUGGGCAGGGCAUGCGAUGGGGUUCGAUCAUCACCCCAGAGGCUUUGAACCAUAUGAUUUCACAAGAUGCGGUGAAAUGUGUCAAAAUUGUCUUGGAGGGCCAGGCACCUGAGCUUGAUGGGUGCCGAGCCGGUCCCAACUGCAUGAACCAGUAUGGGUACUAUCCCCUCCAUCGAGCUGCUGAAUUUUUUUCGGUUGACAUGAUUCAGUUGCUCGUCCGCCACGGCGCGUCCGCCAAUCUACGCACAGCCGGUGCUGAGGUCAUCGAGGGCCUUCUCCCACUCCAUGUUGCAGUCGAGAACACGUGUAUGCAUAAGUAUCUGGAAGACAGUCUGUUUCCUAACCACGAGCAUCGGGAUUACAGUGAGGCAGAUGCCAACUUUAUCUUCAAGCUCAUCCAUCUUCUGUGCCUACCUGAAAUGAAGAUCUUCUUGGAUACGACUCGGCUGAUUGCAAAAUACACAGAUAAUCUAUUGGAUGAGCUGUGGAAUUACAUAAAAGAGGGAAAGCUUGCCGAGACAGCCGUUUUGCUCAUGGCAGCUCAAGAGCAGAUACGCAUGGGAACUUCUCGCAAGAGAAAUGGAGAUAGUAAGCCAGAUGGGUUUGCUAAUAUCUGUGACCGUAUUUGGAACAACAAUAUUGCUUUGCAGUCUGAGAAGGGUCAACAAGUGGAGGCAAGGAUAAAGCUUAAUAAUAUGGCAUUGAUGCUUGUUCAUGUAAUUUCCAAAGCUGGUGAAGGUCUUGAUUCAUACAUUCAGAAGCAUCUAGAGGUGCCGUAUUUCAUGCAGGUGCCCCAUUUGGAGGUCAUUGAACGUGUCUCGUUGAUUCUCAAGGAUAAUGGUUUUUGUCCUACUAGUGAAUGGACAGAAAUUGGAAACCUCUGCCCCUAUGAGGAUGUGUUGUCCAGUGAGGAUAUACCUAACAAAUCUGGGGAAAGUGACACAAACAGGCCACAAGAAAGAGAAAACCAAGACGAUGGGAGCUCAAACUCGCCAGGAGAAGCUUCUUCCCAUGGUGGAGAUCAGUGUUAUCUGCCCGGUCUAAAGUCAAGAUCAUCCCCCACAAAUGGGCACGUCCUUCUGAAUGCUUGGAUCUCGAGAUGGCUUGGAAGAAACCUACUCAAGGCUUGGAUGGUGAGACAGCUUCGAAGAAGGAAACCGUCGAGGAUGGGUCUGCUGCUGCAGGUCACGGCGUUAAGGGCCGAUUUCCCAUGGUGGUAUAUAGUAGCAAGCCCGGUGAGCUGUUUACUACAAUACCGCUUGCUGAUAUACCCAAAUACAUGAAGCAACAACAGAGAAGGCAAUCCAGAAGGCUGUUUAGUACAGCGGUUAAUUAUCAGCCCAGGAUGGUGAUUGGUACAGGAGUGAAUCCUCAACCCGGAAGAAGGCUGUUUGGUACAGCGGCAUUGAUGCUGCUCAAAGUGUUGAAGAAGGCAUGAGGAGUAGUAUAGAAAGGUAAGGCCACCUUGAAUGCUGGUUUUCUUGUUCAAAUUUGUGAGCAUGCAUGGUCUCGUGCUAGGGAACGUACAUAUAUAUGGUCAUCUGAUGCACCUUAGGUCUGAACAAAUCGAAGCAUCUGCAGAUUAGCCCCCGGUUAUGUAUGCGCCAGUCAUCUUAUGGUCGUGUUUUUUGUCUGCGCAUGCUGGUCGCGGCGGUGAUGGUUGGGUCAUCAUCUUCCUGCCAUCAAGUUGUCUAUCAUAUCGUCC